AGCACCAGAAUCAGCAUCAGCUCCAGAAUCAGCUCCAGAAUCAGCUCCAGAAUCAGCGCCAGGCAUGAGUACCCUAGAGAGCGUGGCACAGAGCUACCAGCAGUUCAACCCCAGAGCUUAUCUACAGAACAACUAUGUGCCCCCGCGGGCAGACUUCACCAAUGAGGACAGUGUUGUACAGUGGAAGCUCCGAUGUUUGGCCGAUGCCUGCGCCACAGGAGAGAUUGCUGGGCAGACACUUGUGGACAUUGGUUCGGGUCCCACAAUUUACCAGAUUUUGAGUGCGUCGGAGCAUUUCGAAGAAGUGGUGCUGACGGAUUAUCUGGAAGUGAAUCGGGGAGAACUCAGGCGGUGGCUGCAAGAUGAGCCGGGGGCGUUCGACUGGAGUCCCUACAUGAAACAUGUCAGCAAGUUGGAGGCAACAGGGGGUACGUGGCAGGAGAAGCAGAAACGUAUACGUGAGCGGGUGAAGAAGGUGCUGCCUGUAGACAUCCAUCAGUCCGAUCCACUAGGAGAAGAGAUCAGCGGUGGUUCUGUAGAUGCUCUGGUGUCCACCUUCUGCCUGGAGGCCUGUAGCCCAAACCUGGACAUGUUUAAAAAGGCCUUGGGUAACAUCACCAAACUCUUGAAACCUGGGGGUCACUUGCUCCUCAUCGGUGCCUUGGAGGAGUCCUAUUAUCUGGCAGGAGAGGCCAAGCUAAAUGUCGUUCCCGUCACCGAGGAGAUCGUACGAAACGCGUUGUCCGACGCCAGAUACGAGAUCAAGAAAUUCAAAACCUACGUCAUGCCCCCCGCACUAAAGGUCGGGGUAGAUGAUGUCAACGGGGUGUUUUUUGCCUGGGCCCAGAAACAGGACUCACAAUAAAGCUUCAAUAAUUGAAUCCUUUCCCAACCUAGAACUCUAUAAAGUGAUAUCAUUUUGGCCCUCUGUAUAUAUAUUAAUAUAUAUCUAUAUAAUAUAUGUGACCAGUGUCGGACUGGGAUGUCAGGGGCCACCAGAAA